CCGGGCCCGCCGCUGAGCCCGGCCCGCCGGCGCGCCCCGUCCGGGAUGGAGUGCCUGGACGCCUGAGUCGCCGCUCUGCGCGACCUCCGCGCGGGGGAAGGAGCCGGUGCCGCGCGGCCGCGCUAGGAUGGAGGUGCCCGGCGGCAGCGAUCCCAGUGGCGACGGGGCUGGGGACGGUGCCCACCCGGACCCCCGGGCACCCGGCGCCGCUGCGCCCAUCUCCGGCCAGUGCGCGGCCGCCCGGGAGUCGGAGCGCCAGCUGCGCCUCCGCCUCUGCGUCCUCAACGAGAUCUUGGGCACCGAGAGGGACUACGUGGGCACCUUGCGCUUCUUGCAGUCGGCAUUCCUGCAUCGCAUCCGGCAGAACACGGCGGACUCGGUGGAGAAGGGCCUGACGGAGGAGAACGUCAAGAUCCUGUUCUCAAACAUUGAAGACAUCCUGGAAGUUCAUAAGGAUUUCCUGGCUGCCUUGGAGUUUUGUUUACAUCCGGAGCCUCAGUCUCAGCAUGAACUUGGGAAUGUUUUCUUAAAAUUCAAGGACAAGUUCUGCGUAUAUGAAGAAUAUUGCAGCAACCACGAGAAGGCCCUGCGUCUGCUUGUGGAGCUGAACAAGAUCCCCACCGUGCGGGCCUUCCUUUUGAGCUGCAUGCUCCUGGGAGGCCGGAAGACCACGGACAUCCCUCUGGAGGGCUACCUGUUAUCUCCUAUUCAGAGGAUCUGCAAGUACCCCCUCCUCCUCAAGGAACUCGCCAAGAGGACCCCCGGCAAGCACCCCGACCACCCCGCGGUCCAGAGCGCCCUGCAGGCCAUGAAGACUGUCUGUUCCAACAUCAACGAGACCAAGAGGCAGAUGGAGAAGCUGGAGGCCCUGGAGCAGCUGCAGUCGCACAUCGAAGGCUGGGAGGGCUCCAACCUCACGGACAUCUGCACCCAGCUCCUCCUGCAAGGGACUUUGUUAAAAAUCUCCGCGGGCAAUAUCCAGGAGAGAGCCUUCUUCCUCUUUGACAACCUCCUAGUCUAUUGCAAGCGGAAAUCCAGGGUCACUGGGAGCAAGAAAUCCACCAAGAGGACCAAAUCCAUCAACGGCUCCCUGUAUAUCUUCCGGGGUCGAAUCAACACUGAAGUCAUGGAGGUGGAGAACGUGGAGGAUGGGACAGCUGAUUAUCACAGCAAUGGCUACACCGUCACCAACGGCUGGAAGAUCCACAACACGGCCAAGAACAAGUGGUUUGUCUGCAUGGCCAAGACAGCGGAGGAGAAGCAGAAGUGGCUGGAUGCCAUCAUCCGUGAGCGGGAGCAACGCGAGAGCCUGAAGCUGGGCAUGGAACGGGAUGCGUACGUCAUGAUCGCGGAGAAGGGGGAGAAGCUUUACCACAUGAUGAUGAACAAGAAGGUGAACCUGAUCAAGGACCGUCGGAGAAAGCUGAGCACCAUCCCCAAGUGCUUCCUUGGCAAUGAGUUUGUUGCCUGGCUCCUGGAAAUUGGCGAAAUCAGCAAGACGGAAGAAGGCGUGAACCUGGGCCAAGCCUUGCUGGAGAAUGGUAUCAUCCACCAUGUCUCUGACAAGCACCAGUUCAAGAACGAGCAGGUGAUGUACCGCUUCCGCUACGACGACGGUACCUACAAGGCCAGGAGUGAACUGGAGGACAUCAUGUCCAAGGGUGUGAGGCUUUACUGCCGUCUUCACAGCCUCUACACCCCUGUGAUCAAGGACCGCGAUUACCACCUGAAGACGUACAAGUCGGUGCUGCCCGGGAGCAAGCUGGUGGACUGGCUGCUGGCCCAGGGCGAUUGCCAGACACGCGAGGAGGCGGUGGCGCUUGGUGUGGGCCUGUGUAACAAUGGCUUCAUGCACCACGUGCUGGAGAAGAGUGAGUUCAAGGAUGAGUCCCAGUACUUCCGUUUCCACGCAGACGAGGAGAUGGAGGGAACCAGCAGCAAGAACAAACAGCUUCGCAGCGACUUCAAGCUGGUGGAGAACAUUCUGGCCAAGCGCCUGCUGAUCCUGCCCCAGGAGGACGACUAUGGCUUCGACAUCGAGGAGAAGAACAAGGCCGUGGUGGUGAAGUCAGUCCAGAGGGGCUCGCUGGCAGAGAUGGCCGGCCUGCAGGUGGGGAGGAAGAUCUUCUCCGUCAACGAGGACCUGGUGUUCCUGCGGCCCUUCGCAGAGGUGGAGUCCAUCCUCAGCCAGUCCUUCUGUUCCCGCCACCCGCUGCGUCUCCUGGUAGCCACCAAGGCCAAAGAGAUCAUCAAAGUCCCCGAUCGUCCAGAGGUUCUGUGCUUCCAGAUCCGUGGAGCUGCCCCACCGUACGUCUAUGCUGUGGGGAGAGGCUCUGAGGCCGUGGCCGCAGGCCUCUGUGCCGGCCAGUGCAUCCUGAAGGUUAAUGGCAACAACGUGAUGAACGAUGGAGCCCCAGAGGUCCUGGAGCACUUUCAGGCUUUCCGGAGCCACCGAGAAGAGGCCCUGGGCCUGUACCAGUGGGUCUACCACACCCACGAGGAUGCCCAGGAGGCCCGGGAGGCCCCCAGCGAGGACCCUAGUGGCGAGGGGGCCCGAGAGGAAGACCAGUCCAACUCAGCCUUCCCCCUGCUGUCCCUGGGUCCCCAGCUGAGCCUGCACGAGGACAGCCCCGUGGUCAGCCUGACGGUGGACAACGUGCACCUGGAGCAUGGCGUGGUGUACGAGUACGUGAGCACAGCGGGCAUCAAGUGUCACGUGCUGGAGAAGAUCGUGGAGCCCCGUGGCUGCUUCGGCCUCACUGCCAAGAUCCUUGAGGCCUUUGCCACCGAUGACAGUGUCUUUGUGCAGAACUGUGGGCGGCUUAUGGCCCUGAGCAACAACAUAAGGACCAUGUCCCACUAUGAGUUCCGCAACAUCUGUGACACCAAGCUGGAGAGCAUCGGCCAGAGGAUCGCCUUGUACCAGGAGGCCUGUACCAGUCUCUGCAAGGAUGGAGAGGUAGCCUUACCUGAACCUCACGGACUGUGGGUCAGGGAGAGAUGUUCCUCAAGGACAGCUCAGUUUGCAGCUCAGCUAAAGAGCAGGGUCAGCCCGCCCUUCAAACAAGCACCCCUGGAACCCCAUCCGCUGUGUGGCCUGGACUUUUGCCCCACCAAUUGCCACGUCAACCUCAUGGAAGUGUCCUACCCCAAGACUACUCCCUCGGUUGGCAGGUCCUUCAGCAUCCGCUUUGGUCGCAAACCCUCCCUCAUCGGCCUUGACCCAGAGCAAGGUCACCUGAACCCCAUGUCCUACACCCAACACUGCAUCACCACCAUGGCUGCCCCAUCCUGGAAGUGCCUACCUGCUGCGGAUGGGGACCCCCAAAGCCAGGGUCCCAAUGACAGCAGCUUUGGGUCAGCCAGUGGAACCCUUGGCCAGGAGCACCGGGGUUUGAGCUUCCUACUCAAGCAGGAGGACCGUGAGAUCCAGGAUGCCUACCUGCAGCUCUUUACCAGACUGGAUGUGGCCCUGAAGGAGAUGAAGCAAUAUGUUACCCAGAUCAACAGGCUGCUGUCCACCAUCACGGAGCCCACCUCGGGUGGGUCCUGCGAUCCACCCUCGGCCGAGGAGACCUCAUCCCCCCAACUGGUCAGCGAAGAGAGCGAGAUGGACAGGGCCGAUCACGGGGGCAGCAAGAAAGUGUGCUUCAAGGUGUCAGAGGACGAUCAGGAGGACUCGGGUCAUGACACCAUGAGCUACCGGGACUCCUACAGUGAAUGUGACAGUAAUCGGGACUCUGUCCUGUCUUACACCAGCGUGAGAAGUAACAGCUCCUACCUGGGCAGCGACGAGAUGGGGUCUGGGGACGAGCUGCCCUGUGACAUGAGGAUCCCGUCAGACAAGCAGGACAAGCUUCAUGGCUGCCUGGAGCACCUCUUUAACCAGGUGGACUCCAUCCAUGCACUCCUCAAGGGGCCAGUCAUGAGCAGAGCUUUUGAAGAGACCAGGCAUUUCCCCAUGGACCACAGCUUACAAGAGUUCAAACAGAAAGAGGAGUGUACAAUUCGUGGCCGCAGCUUGAUCCAGAUCAGCAUCCAGGAGGACCCCUGGAACCUCCCCAAUUCCAUCAAGACCCUGGUGGACAACAUUCAGAGAUACGUGGAAGAUGGAAAGAACCAGCUGCUCCUGGCCUUGCUGAAAUGCACAGACACGGAGCUGCAGCUGCGGAGGGACAGCAUCUUCUGCCAGGCACUGGUGGCCGCCGUGUGCACCUUCUCCGAGCAGCUGCUGGCGGCCCUGAGCUACCGCUACAACAACAACGGCGAGUACGAGGAGAGCAGCCGGGACGCCAGCCGCAAGUGGCUGGAGCAGGUGGCGGCCACUGGCGUCCUCCUGCACUGCCAGUCCCUGCUCUCGCCGGCCGCGAAAGAGGAACGGACCAUGUUGGAGGACAUCUGGGUGACCCUGUCGGAGCUGGACAAUGUCACCUUCUCCUUCAAGCAGCUGGACGAGAACUACGUGGCCAACACCAACGUCUUCUACCACAUCGAGGGCAGCCGGCAGGCACUGAAGGUUAUCUUCUACCUGGAUAGCUAUCACUUCUCCAAGCUGCCCUCCCGCCUGGAGAGCGGGGCCAGUCUAAGGCUGCACACCGUGCUCUUCACGAAAGCUCUGGAGAACAUGGAGGCACCGCCUCCUCCAGGCAGCCAGACGGUGGACGAUUUGCAGCAGGAGAUCAAUGCCCGGUCCCUGGAGAAGGUUCAGCAGUAUUACCGCAAACUCAGGGCAUUUUACCUGGAACGGUCUAACCUGCCCACGGACGCCAGCACCACAGCGGUGAAGAUAGACCAGCUGAUCCGCCCCAUCAAUGCCCUGGACGAGCUCUGCCGCCUCAUGAAGUCCUUCGUCUACCCCAAGCCCGGUGCCGCUGGGAGCUUGGGCGCCGGCCUCAUCCCCAUCUCCUCCGAGCUCUGCUACCGCCUGGGGGCCUGCCAGAUGACCAUGUGCGGCACGGGCAUGCAGAGGAGCACCCUGAGCCUCUCCCUGGAGCAGGCAGCCAUCCUGGCGCGGAGCCACGGGCUGCUGCCCAAGUGCAUCAUGCAGGCCACGGACAUCAUGCGGAAGCAGGGCCCCAGGGUGGAGAUUCUGGCCAAAAACCUCCGAGUCAAGGACCAGAUGCCCCAGGGUGCACCGCGGCUCUACCGCCUCUGCCAGCCGCCGGUGGACGGAGACCUCUAGACACUGAGGUGCCUGGUGCUUGGCUGCGUCCUCUGGAGCUGGGAUUUGGGAGGACACAGGGGGCCGUGUGGCCUUCUCCAGAGCUGGCCCGAGACCUCCUCUCCUGCCUGCUUGAAGAUCUGUCCGGCCUCCUCCAUCACCUCCUGGGAGGAUAAGCAGUGCCCCCACUCCUGGAUGAGAUGGUGGAUCGGCCCUGGGCUGGCAUGUUCUUCACACUUCUGCCAGAAGCCCGAGGGGUGCUGGGGACCCACAGAACUGAUGGGUGCAGCCAGGGCCUGGGCUCCGGCCUGCAGGUCCCCAGAACACAGGGGAGAAGUCACGGGCACUGCAGCUGGAGGCCCGCGGCCCCAGCUCCCUCGGGAUGGCUCAACCUGCACUUUGGAAACCUCUGGUUUCCUUCUACGUCCACAUUCCAGGCGACCACAUGUGUCUGCUCUUCUUCCUCACCUUAGCUUCCAGAUUCCCCCCUAACCCUGUACUAAUCUGCCCGAUGGACUCGGAGAAGCCGGGCCUCUGCCGUAAAGACAGAGGGACAGGGCACAGCGCCUGUUACCAAGAGGACGGUCGAAAGCCACACCGGCUUCCGCCAUCAGUGCCAUUGGAACUGGAGCCAUCAGCCCUGGGCACGAGAUUUGCUCUGACUUUAUUUAUAUGGCGUGAACUCUCUAUGGUUUAUUUUGAGGUUUUUAUGUUGUCGUUGGUAUCGCUGAGAUUUUUUUUCCCCCAGGUUGCGUGAUUAUAUAUUUGACAUUUUAAAUUUCAAAGAAAGCUAUAUUGUCUAACAGGGGACCAGCAUAAGGUAGUAUUGACAACUUUUCCCAGUUCUACUAAAAAAAAAAGAAAAACUAAAUUAUUGAAAAUUCAAAAGAUGUCAGUAUUUCAUCUUUUUAAUAUUAGGGUCUUAAGAUAUGGCUUACAGGUAUCGACUAGGGUUCCUUUUCCCACCCACCCUCGGUUCUCCAGCAGUUGGUCUGUAUCAGGGUGAAUUACUUUGUUCUUUGAACAACUGGCUACAAGGGUUUGAGAGGUGGCUGGGCCAGGCCUGGGGGCUGGAGGGGGUUGAACCAUCCAUUGGAGAGGCAGUCCCACACUGGUGUCUGUCCUCUGCAGGUAGAAGGGCUGCCAGGAAACACUGAGUGGUACCUUCUGUAAUUUAUUUUUUGAUGUUAACUCAGAGCAGGGCAUUUGGGACUUCUCAGCCAGCUAGAGAGACAGGAAGCUACCCUGCCCACCUGGGCACAAGGACCCACACAGGAUCCCCCCUCUGUCCCCCCAGCAGUUUGUCCCCUCUAGGUUCUGUUGCCAGCAGGGAAAUGUCACAGCUGGGACAGAAGGGAGGCGUCUUUACAGCCUUGGCUGAUGGGUGAAAUCAGGUGUGGGUUUCCCGCUGCCCUGGAGGCUUGAAGACCCAUCAGCAUCUUGGCCCCGUGCACCCCCAGGGGCCGCCUUCCCUCUCUUGCCACCCUGCACCAGAUUGCAAGAGAUGGGCUUGUUGCAGGACAGAGACGGCACAGAUACAAACGAGGACCCCAUGGCAGAAACGGAGAGGGGCCCCCGAGGGCAAGGGCAUCGUGCACUGGUUUACUUUGAAAUGUACAGAUCUUCUCAUUCAAUUCAUGAUAGAUUUUUUAUUAUUAUUAUUAAAAGUCGGUUUAUAAUACAAAGAUCCUGAUCUGUGGCGAGUUC